CAAGAAUCUUCAGUUCACAAGCGCACGUGCACCUUCAAAGAUCUCCUCUCAAGUCAUAGCACAAGUGUAUAUAUAUUCCUACUUUGAAAAUGGCACCCAUUCAGAUGGAAAAGUCCUACGUGAAAGUGUCCUCCACACCCGCUGCAAAGUGCUCUCGGCAGGCAAGGUCAAGCAGCAGGUCAUGGGAUGUGAUCCUUCCUAUCAGUCGCAGAGGAAGCUUCUUCCAAGACUCGUUUUUCUCUGACAUACACAAGGAUUUUGACUCCUCCGUCAGGGAGGUGUUGGCCAGAUGGAGUGACGAAGACCUGAAAGUGAAAGACUUCCGCCGGGAUGAUAUUAUGAACCGUUACAGACAGCUUCGAUCUCGUAACCUAAAUGAAGGGAACCAGGCUGUCACAGUCACAUCUGACAACACAAGUCAUAAGAUUGUGCUGGACGUGCAUGACUUCAUGUGUGGAGAUGUGAGAGUGAAAGUGUUGGACGAGGAAUUGUUAGUGGAAGGACACGUGGAGAAGAAGGAGGAAGGAAGCUCAUCCGUCUCGUCACACUCCUUCAGACGAUACUUCUCUUUGCCUCAACACACAGACAUGACAACAAUAACGUCCGUCAUGUCUGCAGAUGGUAUCCUCACAGUCACUGCGCCAAAAAUAGUGAGUCAAUUAUUUUCUUGUAAACAGUGAGUAUAUAAACAGAGGAAUGCUGUAUGAGUAAAG